AUAACAAACACUCACCUGCUAUUAGGCCGGAUUCACAACAAUAGUGUUGCACACAAAGAAAGACUGAAACUGUGAGGCCGGACCGCGCGCGAAGCAAACAUCUGUUUUCUGCCGGGUUCCCGUUUCAGUGCACUGGGAAUGGACAAGGAAAGGAAAAGAGAUUCUUGGGCCGGUGGGUCGGACCUGCCCUCCGUUAGGAGAAAGACCACCAUGGACACGUUUCGAGCCGAGCCGGUUUGGACCGAGGACACCUGUGAUGUUUACGGAAGCUAUCAGUACGUACGAAGGGGUCCGCCGGCGGGCGAUCCCCACACGGAGCAUCGUUAUCGAAAACCAAAAUUUGCCGAGAGACUAGGAGAAAUUUCUUCGAGACAGCGACAACCAGCUAACACACAUACAGUGGCAGCAGACAGUCAAGCCCGAAGGGGGUCGUCGAGAAGCCAUCCCCAUAAUUACCAGGUUCCGACUGCAGAUGUACCCGUGUCUGGCCUUUCUGAGUCAGCGGAGCCCCGCAGUCACCACGCCGUGUCUGCGGAGACAACCACCGACCCCUGCUACGCCACCUACGAUCCUUCAAGAGGUGAUUUCCAUCGAAGACACACGGCUCAUUCUAAAACUAGCAGCCAAGACUCCGGAGUGGAUUCCAACCAAGACGAUGCGGAACUAAGUAGCCCAUUUCACCGAAGGCACACCGUCCCCGUUCCGGAGGGUUCCAUACAGCCGAUAGACGCAGACAAGUUUCAGGACAAAGAGGACCUUGAGAGACUUAACGCUCGCUUGUCUGAAAGGAUCCGCCUCUUGGAAGACAGGAAUAGAGUCUUACAGACCCAUCUCCAAGACACGGCGGUAGACGGAGAAGACAUCUCUCACAUGUUUGACAGUUGGGAGGAAGGCGAACAGAGGGUGAAAUUUAGCACCUUGAAGAGGGGAAGACUCAUGCCCGAAGUCAGGGAAAGUUUGGAAUUAACCAUAAGCAGGUGGGAAGCAGCCGCACAGGAGUACAAAACGAGAUGGGAGGAAGAAGAAACAUGUCGGAAAGAGUGCGAGUCGAAGUUAUUAGAGAGAGAAAGGGACCUGUACGACUCCAGGCGGGAGACGCAGGGAGCGCAGCUGAAAGUACGACGUCUGCAGGACACGGUGCAGAACUUUGAAGCUGAGGUGGCUAAGCUGAGGGAGGAGUUGAAGGAAGCCAGAACCCAGCUUCGUGAAGCUCUUCAACCCAUUCAGAAUGGGGCAGGUGAGAACUAUGACAGGUUUGCGGCGGACAUGGCGGACGCUCUGCAUGAGAUUCGGGAGGAAUACGACGUCAUGGCGCAACAGAAAAUCCAGGAGGCAGAAGCCUUCUACAAGUCCCAGAUGGACACACUGUCCUCUACGAUCAAUGUCAAUCAUAAGAAACUGGAAGAUGCCACAGCCAAGAUCAGAAAACACAGGACUGAGGUAGAUUCACUGAAAAAGGAGAAGCGAGAACUUAAAAUCCAGAAUGAAAACAUGCAAGAAAAACUUCGGGAGGCCGAAAGCAGUCGCCAUGCGCAGUCGGAGAAGUACGAAGCCACCAUUUCUGAACUGGAGAAAAAUCUCGCGAGACUUCGUGACGAGAUGAUCGAGCAGCACAUCAACAGCCACAACGUCAACAUGGCGCUGAAAAGAGACGUUGAUGCCUACAAGAAACUCGUGGAAGGUGACCCACACAGACUAGAUUCUUUGUCAGCCAUGUUGUCACCUCCUCACACGAAACAAACCAAAGAGGUGUUUUGCAGAGAUGCGUCUACUUCACCCAUUACAGUCUCCAUCAUUGGCGAACAUAAAGAGGUGGAGACCAAAAAGGAUGACGUUAUAGAUGAAGAAAUGGAUGGAGGAGAGAAGUUGUCGUCUUCAGAGGAGGACAUCAUCGCAGUCUUUGAGAAAAACACAUGCCACCCACCUGAUAUCAUUCCUCAAGAGCUGACAGACAAAGCAGACGACAACCAAGGAAAUUCAGAUGAAGAAACCAAUUACAGUCUGACAGAUUUUUGGACACCAAAAAGUCCGAUCAAUCAUUCACAUGACCAGUGGCCCACAGUGACCUUGGACAACACUCGCCAUGUUUCACCGCCGAGCACACCGCCCACAGAAAGUACCUCGGCCGUCGCCAUAGACAGGGUGCACACUGUGCCAUCUCCUGGCAAAAAGGACUCCGUCACGGAUUGGAAAUCACUGCUGUCGCCAAGAUCACGGACAGCCACCAGACGUUGUCCCCUCCCGGCCAGUGCUAGUGCAGCAGACCUAACCCCUCCCCAACCCCUGAUGGCCCCCAGGGGACACGAUCAUAUCCGUUACCUUCUGGGAGGGUACAGGGUACAUCCUCAGCAGCAACAACGGGCGGAACCACAAGAAGAGGAGUCUGAAGAAGACGACGAUGACCAGGUUUUCGAGAAACAACCAUUCCAUUUGCGAGAGAUUUCAGAAAGAUUACGAUCGUCUGAGAUUCUGCCAAGUUUGAAAGUUGAAGACAAGGAGGACGACAGGCCGACUCUGGGGCCCAACACUACAGUCCCGCACCUCACGGGGAAGUGGCUGGAGGACAGCUACUUCAGUAUCGUCUGCAGGUCCACAGGCCACGCCCUGGACAUCCUGCCCCCAGGGGGUGGUGAUACCUGGGUGCCCGUGGGUGGGGACGGCAGUCCGUCUCCUUCAGCCGGCGGCCGGAAGUUUAAACACGGCGCCAAUGUGGUGAUGGCAGAGAGACAGGAGCGCAGUGACAGUCAGAUGUGGUACUACAUCACGGGCGCUAUCGUCAACAAGGCCACAAACUACGUCCUGACGGUGAAGGAUGACAUAGGGGAUCCGGGAACACCUGUUGUGGUCUGCUCCCCGUCCAAACGGGAGGGCCAGCAUUGGACGGUGUUGGCAGAUGGCCACAUUCUGUCCCAGCUGACCGGGUUUUGCCUGACCGUCGAACUGCUGACCAGUCCAUGGGACCUGGGACACGCCAUGAUGGCCCCUCACCAGACCCAGCGGGCCGACAGGCAGAUCUGGGACAUCAUGGCCUCGGAAACCGCCAUCUAAAUAACCAGCAAUGUAAUUAAGAUUGAAGGUCUAUCUGUGUUGGUAGAAAUCAUUAUUAAGAAGGGUUUUCAAACUACAAUUGCCAACACGGAGAAGCGGACUUACCCCAGUUUUCAAAUGUGUUACACCAUGUCCGACUAAAUGGAGCAAUACAAAGGAAAUACAGAUACACACAAUGUGCGAGUGUCCGGAAUACAAUAAUUAAUUUUCUUAUGUAUAGCGAAGAUCAAUAUAGAAGGCUAUGACAUAGUAAUAAGUAAUGAGUAAUGAGCAUAUAGGAAGUGCAUCACCAAAUAAAACCACUAUGUCUUAUCUAUGUACAUGUGACAGUUUCUCUGUCUCCACAUUGCUAAUUUCUCUUGAUGGCAUUUAGAUAUAGAUUCAAAUCAUGACUUAAUCUUAAUUCAAACAACAUUUACUGAAUCGGCUCCAAGGUCAAUGGCGAGCACGACGUACUGGCGAACCAUACAUCUGCUUGGAGAUUAGAAAAAUCGGGCCCCUGACCUUCAGUGUACCGACUGGUUUACAUUAGCACUGGAGAAACGUCAAUCUUAGCUACUGUGUUUAACGUUCACGGCAUUCACAACAGGGGUCCCUUCGUUCUGUACCCAAUAAAAUCGAGCAUAACUA